GGCGCGGGAAGCGCGCCGGAUUUGAGCGGGCGCGGAGGGAAGGGAGAGCAGCAUGGCCGGGCGAUCGCUACUGCGCGUCUGCCCGCUGCUGCUGCGCCAGGACCUCCAGGGCAGCGCUUACGAGGGCUUCGUCACCGCGCAGGGCAGAGACUUCCAUAUAAGAAUAUUAUUGCCAUCAGAUUUUCAGCUAAAAAAUGCAAGGAUACAGUGCAGCUGGCAGCUAAAGAGGCUAUUGCAUGGAUAUCGUCAGAUUCUAAAACAGAGGUUGCAAUACUGUUCUGAUCUGGUCAGUUUUAUGGAGGAGCUGAAGACGAUUUUGGAAGUUGCUUUAAAGAACACAGAAGACCUGCAUACACCACCACCUCCAGAAUACUACUCUCACCUAAUCAGAGAUAUAGAAACUUUGGGUUGGAAUAAAAUUGUGUAUGUGGAUACUGGCCUUAGUUCUGUAAAGCUAAAAGCAGAAGACUCUCGUGGUCGACAGCAUCUAAUCACUCUGAAGUUAAAUGCAAAGUAUCCAGCAGAACCACCAGAUUGCUUUGUGGACUUCCCUGUUCAAUUUGCUGUUUCUUGGAUUCCACAGAGCUCUUUAAUAGAUAUUUACAACCAGUUCUUGGCAGCAUUGGAGUCACUGAAAGAAUUUUGGGAUGCUAUGGAUGAAAUUGAUGAGAAGACCUGGGUACUUGAGCCAGAGAACCCUACACGCAGUGCAACUAUGAGAAGAAUUGCAAUAGGAAACAAUGUUUCAAUAAACCUUGAGGUAGAUCCCAGGCAUCCAGCUAUGCUUCCUGAGUGUUUCUUUCUUGGUGCAGACCAUGUAGUAAAUCCUUUGAAAAUUAAGCUGAACAACAAUAUGCACUUGUGGAAUCCAGAAGUCCGCUUAUUACAAAAUUUGAAGGAGGUUUUAGAAAUAGAGUUCCCAUCUCGUGUUGUACUAGAAAAGUCUGACUUUUCUAUGGACUGUGGCAUCUGCUAUGCUUACAGACUUGAUGGCACUGUUCCAGAUCAAGUAUGUGAUGAUCCACACUGCGGACAGCCUUUCCAUCAGGCUUGCUUAUAUGAGUGGUUACAAAGCCUCCCUUCCAGCAGGCAGAGCUUUAAUGUCGUCUUUGGCAAAUGUCCAUAUUGUAACAAGGUAAGGAAAUAUUUUAGGAAGAGUAUAUUCGAACAAAAUACAGCACUGGAACAUAGGAAAAUCUCCCCCACCCUUUUUCCCUCCUUAAGAAUGAAAAGAAAAUUAAAAGUUGGUCAGACUAACUUCUGUGGGAGGUUUUAUGCAUGUUUUUUCCAGUGGGACAGAAAUAUAUAAAAUAUGGAGUAAUUCUGCAUACUUCAUACCCCAUUAUUUAAUUAUAUUUGCUGAAAACAGAAGACCUAAAUGUCUAGAUAACAAUUAAUACUAAAAUUCUCUAUCAUUAGAAGAGAUUUAAACUUUUUUGUACUACUC